UGAAACGCGACUUGAUUUGGUUUGUGAAAAAUACUCGAAUAAGGUGGCUGCGGGCAUGCCCGUCCAAAAAACCAACCGGGAACCUGAAAAACGGUUAAGGAUUAUUCGUCAGUGAUUAUUGCAAAAAGUUUGCCGUUUCUCAGCGCAAAAAAAACAUUUAUUUAGAUUUAGAUUUUUUCGACGAAUUUUCAUCUCAUUUCAUCUAUUGUGUGUUAGUGUUUUUUAUUUACAAUUAGAGGAUGUGGACAAGAUUAGACAAUAAAGUGUUCAGUGGUUAGUUCUAUUUUCGACUGCUUAUAGUGCUAAAUAUAUCGUGGUGUUCUUGUUUUGAUGAAUUACUCCCAACAGAAGGCGUCCAAAUUUUAUUAAUGGCGACCACCAUAGUCAAGAAACACCGCAUAAAAUCACCAACACCGCAGCAAUAGAAAAUUUAAAAAAAAUGCACUCCGUCAACCGCCGUCCACGCCACACUAAAAACCAUCUAAAAAUUAAAAAAAAACGCAACGAGCUUACCAACAUACCGAACGUGUGUUCCAAAUUUAAAUAGAACGGACUCGCAUUCUAGAAUUUUCGAUUGUUUAAUUUUGAAAAAGGAAGCUUUAAAUUUUUCUAAACGUAAUUCCCAUUCGAAUAGUUGCCUUCUUAGUUAGUAGAUCUGUGAUUGGUCCAAUUUCUUGUAUAUUGUAUAGGUAACUGUGUAGUUGUAUGUGAUUGGCUGAUUUUCGUUUGGAGAUCAAAUAGAGAUACCAAAACAUGGAGAACCCUGAAUCUGAAAUGAGCUCGCUUCCAGAGGAGAGCAGCGCGUUGAAUAGAAAUAGGAGUUUCAAGUCAAAGCAACUAGUCAGAAGUCAGGCGAUACGCGAGUCGCAGUCACCUCCGCGGCCCGCGUCCCCCGCAAUCGACGAUACCGGUACCGAUACCGUUACCGUUAAUACCGGUACUGGUAACAGUGGUACUGGGAAUCCGGUUACGGAGGUAGAGGUGGAGGAGAAACGGCGUCCGGUUGAAAUACACAUCACAGGAGGAGCGUGGGAAAGCGGGGAGCAAAAAUCUCGUCGUCGUUGGCCGCAGCAGUCGCGAGAUUUACUGUCAAAUGGACCGCGUGUCGCUUGCGUGGCAGGCUGUCGCUCACAGUGCAGGGGUCAAAGACGACGGAACCCGUGCCCAACCAAACAGGAUUCCGGCAUAUCGUGCCCUGAUGACUGCACCGACUGCUCCGACUUCGAGCAUACCGGAGGCUCGAGUAAUGACGUCAGAAAGGCUUGCAGCUUGGAUUCGGACGAGUCAUAUUGCAGAUGUCCAGAAGGGAAAGUUAAACCACCAAAGACUAAUUCUUUAAGCAGAACUGAUUCAGCCGACAACAAAAUCGAGCCCACGGGCCCGGAACUAGUCAACUUCAUAAGGGAAACAUUGAACAAGAACACCCGAGACAGAAUGCUGCUACUCAAGAUAGAGAAGGAACUACAUGCACUUGUCACCGAUACUGGGCGAUGCAACUUCAAGUUCCCCUGUAUGACAUCGUACGAGCGUAUGUUGGUGCACCGAGUGGCGACUCUGUUCCAAUUGACGCAUCACUUAGACCAGAACAGCAAGAAUUCUGUCACAGUCAGUAAAAGUGGCACCAGCGGCGGCCGCAUACCCUGCACGAGUUUCAAGCAGUGGUGCACCGUCAACUUCCCGCCCAGCCCCAUCCGGCAGGACAGUGUGAACGCCAAAUCAAUAUUAAAGCGUGACACACACUCGCCCGAGGAUGCUAACGCGGCCAGUCGCGCCGUCGAGCGGAGCAAGAGUCUAGAGCAGAGGGAGAAGGAGUACGAGCGAGUGAGACGGAGGAUAUUCAGCACGGAUAACUGCUCGCAGGACGAGUCCCAGUGGCCGUGGCUUCAAUCCGGACCCGUGAAACUACUCACGCCUGACUCUGGGAGGAAUAAAUUGUUAAAAGUACAGUCGCUAGAAGGCGCCGGGCCGCCUGUGUCUUGGCGCGCGCGCGGCGCGGUGUCCAAGAGCCACAGCUUCGGCGGCUACGGCGGCGGCGCCGACGCUGCUCCCGCCAACCAGCCCAGGCUACUUAGCCGACAAGGUGACCUGGCGUCCAGCAGUUGGCGACUGUCUCCCUCUAGCUCGGGCUACAAGACGCUAAGCCUGAGGAGUACAGACUCUGUCACACCUUCGCCUACAGGUGGAGCGAGUCCGGAGCCGGGAACCGAGAGCGUAGUGUUUGCUGUAGCGGACCUGAACUGCGUACCUCCUGGCGCGCUAGUCAUACACCCACAGACUGGUCGGCCGCUAACCAACCCAGAUGGGUCUGUGUACCACUUCGACCCACAAAACCCACCGGUCAUCUACGACACCUAUCAAGAUCAAAAGAUUCAAAAUUGCGAAAAAAGGAGAGGCCGGUUGGAGAAACAGCACUCGUUCAUUGACACAGAAGCGGAAUGUCGUUGCGAUGAUGGCCGGAGCAAAUGUUGCUGCGAGUGUAGGCGACAUGAUGGCUGCAAUCAAAAGAGCGACAAGAUUUCAGUACAACCAGAGCAAAAAACUACCCCAAUACCAUCAAGCCCGGUCAAAAACCGCUAUGAACAAAAUACAGAACAAACCAAUCAAACCUCGACACCAGAAACGGCAACCAAUCACAGACAAACUUACGAAGCUUCAGCUACCCGCGUCGCAGAACCGACCAAUCAGAGGCCAGAGAUUCAGGCCCAAACAUUCGAACCAGCCAAUCAAGCCCAAUACGAACCUCAAAGAACGGAAUUUGAAAACCAACGGCCGUACGAGCCAAAGGUAUUUGAAAAUAGAACGUUCGAAGCGUCGAAUCAGAGGCCGCCGUCAUUCGACCCGCUGGCCAAUCAGAGAGCGGCUAACGAGAAUGUGACCAAUCUGAUGACGUCGGGUAACAAAUUGACCAAUCAGGAGAGCGUUGAAAUGCCACAAUACGUUCCGCAGCAGUACCACAAGGGAUUUAGAAAUGACGAGGUGACGUCACCGCCGCAAAUGGUUCAAAAUCCUAUGAUGGCUGAUGUCGGAGUGUAUAACAUUAUGGCACAGGCGAAGAUCACUCCUGUGCCCGUGGACCCUCUCCGUCCGGUGUCUCUCACGAAUAUGGUGUUCCCCGCGCCCGUGGCCCCUGCCUACCCUACCUCAACCAAGUGCGGAUGGAUCAACCAUUGCAGCCGAUGUACCAGCCGCCCCUAAUGGAAGAACAGAAGCUGGCACCAUCUCCUCACAGCGAAACCUUUAGAAUCGACCCGUCGUAUCAGUACGCGUACCCUUGCGGCGCCUGCGCGGGGCCUGCUUGGAGCCCCAUCAGCAUCAGCAUCAACGCCC